AUGCAGAUGGAUGCAUCGCCAGUGAUCCCCUUCGCUGAAGGCACCGUAAAGUACCAGCCAAUUUGGCCGACUUGGAGCACGUUUGCAAAGCGACAGGAAUCAUUUCGCACUACCGAACAUUGGUCAAAGGACGAGAUCUACAAGCUGGCGGCCGUUGGAUUCUUCUACACUGGACCGGGAGAUUCCGUGCGUUGUUUUUACUGCAGCCUGGGACUGCAAAACUGGCAGAAAGAUGACGAUCCGCUGGAGGAGCAUGGUCGGCAUAUGCGAAGCUGUGAUUAUUUUACCAAUUUCACUUCCAACUCGUGCGUGUAUAACUCCGAAAUACCGGAGCCCUGCGGCAGGAUCACUUCCUGCUCAUUCUGCAGGGGAGAACAGUUGGCGCGGGAACAAUUGUCACAAAUAAUCAUUGGUACGUAGAUUUUCGAACAGUUUGUAUGCAAUGAACUCGAAAAGGAAAAUAAACU